UUUAUACGGUGGAAUGGAGUUGUUGAUGUUGAGUUGGCAGUUUGGUGGAUCUGUGUCUUGUAUUUUAUAUACAUGUUUUACUAUAUAGUUAAAAUGUACCCGGUCGGUUAAAUGUGCUAACAUUUGAUUUUUUUUUGUAGUUUUGCAGCAGUGCAUUAGCUUACCACUACUGAUAAACUAUACAACGUGGCGUCUAGUGUAUGUAGAAGGACGGUGUUAUUGGGUACUGAAUACCACACAGACAAAGCAAUGAGGAAAGUGAACGUGGUCAUCCUUGUGCUACUUGCCGUGGCUUUCCUGAUCAUAAUACAACGGAAUCUCCUUAACCUCAGCGACUUCCUGCACAAAGAAACCACACAUACUGGAGCCAUUCUCCCCUUUGAGGCUGAAUUAUCUCCAGACGUUAGAGUGGACGUGGCGAGAACAGGGGACGAGAUCCCUGUUGUCAUCAGUGCAGCUGAGGAGAGGCUUGGUGCUGCUGUGGCCGCCAUGAACAGCAUCUACCAGAACACCAAAGCCAAUGUUGUCUUCACCGUUGUCACCCUCAAUGACACAGUGGAUCACUUGAAGGUGUGGCUGAGUAGUCCUCGACUAAAAAAUAUCAAAUAUAAGAUUGUUCUCUUCAAGCCUGAGCUGCUGAUUGGGAAGACACCUAAAAAUUCUCAGCUGGUGGAGACAACAAAACCGCUGACUUUUGCCAGAUAUUAUUUGCCUUCAUACCUGCCUGAGGCGGAGAAAGCCAUCUAUUUGGAUGAUGAUAUUAUUGUGCAAGGAGAUAUUAAAGAUCUUUAUGAAACAAGUUUAAAAUCUGGACAUGCAGCAGCCUUCUCUGAUGACUGUGAUUCAGCGUCCGCUAAGGGCAUUGUACGAGGGGCUGGAAAUCAGAAUAACUACAUAGGCUUCCUGGACUUCAAGAAGGAGGCCAUUAAACAGCUCGGCAUGAGGGCCAACACGUGUUCGUUCAAUCCGGGAGUCAUCGUGGCCAACUUGACCGAGUGGAAGAACUCGAACAUCACCGGUCAACUGGAGCACUGGAUGACGCUAAACACGCAAGAGGAUCUAUACAGUAAAACACUGGCAGAGAGCAUCACCACUCCACCGCUGCUCAUCGUUUUUUACAAGCGUCACUCAGCAGUUGACCCGAUGUGGCACAUCAGGCACCUUGGCACUACAGGCGCCGGGAACCGCUACUCGCCGCAGUUUGUAAAAGCGGCUAAACUCCUUCACUGGAAUGGACACUACAAGCCUUGGGGGAGGGGGUCGUCCUUCACUGACGUGUGGGACAAGUGGUUCAUUCCGGACCCCACUGGGAAGUUUUAUCCAAUCCGAAGACACGGGGGGGAGAAGUAGAGGACUUUGUGAAGUGAAUAUCCGAGCAGCCAAGCCAAGCCAAGCCAAGCCAGAGCAAACACACCUCUCUCAGGAUAUCUCAGGAACACGAGUACAGAAGCUGAAAACUUUAUUCGCUACUUCUCUUUUGAGUUCUAUUAUCCUUUGAAUUUAAACAUACACUAUAAGAGUUUGACAGUACCCUCAAAUCGCAGCUGCUUUAGUAUUAACAUUAUGUCAAGCCUUCAAAAGUAAUACACCAAUAGCUUCCUCAAAAAAAAAUUUUUUUUUUUUU